GUGAAAGGAUUUUAAAGGUGUGUGAAAUGGCUCGUCUCAAUUUAGAAUCAUAAUGUGUUAAUUGGGUGGUGUUUUCCUGUAGUGCAGGGAGAUUUGUGUAAUAUUUCCAGUGUAUGAUACUAUCAUAGAGCGAUCUGAGGUCACUAUUUUGUUGUGACCAAGUUGUUGUUCUGAUAUUGUUCCUGUCAGGGCUUUUCAAAACGGUGUUUGACCAGUGGCCAGUUAAAUGGCAAUGUCAUUCCAUGGGGAUACAAAAUGUGUGAAUAUGGGAUUUACCAAUUCGUGUUGGACACACUGAUGUUAAAAAUGUUGGAAUAUUCUGAACCUUGUUGGCUAGCUGCAUUUGAUCAAAUGUGAAGAAACCAUUUAUGAUGUCUAGUGAAUAAGUUUAUUGUAUAGAGAUAAUGAUUUUUGUUUUGUGUGUUUUCGGAACUAAAGAAUUUAAAAAAAAUGUAAAAAUAUUCUUAACUAAACUUUAGUUUGUACUAAUACAUUUGGUAAUAUUCAGAUUUAUCUUUUUUAACUGGUUUAAGCAUCUACAUUUGUUGAAGUUGCUAACUUCCGAUUUCAAACCAUGCUAAAAACACCAUAUCCUGUUGCAUCACCGUGGCAACAUGGAUUGGUGGAGUCAACGGAAUGGAUUUUACCGCAUGUCGGCAAUAAUACAAGAUCGUUAACCUUCCACACGUUUGGCGGAAAUCGUUCAGACAAAGUGAUAAAAUACUCGCAGAAUGUAGAAGUGGAAAAAUUACCUUUUGUUGUGAAAUUGGAAAACUCCACAAAGACAAGAGAAUUGAUUGAAAAUUCUGGAAAAUUUCCCGAAAGAGGGUUUAAAUACCCAAAAAAUAACGAAGUUGAAAAUAAGUUAUUAGCUGGAAGUUCAGACAAUAAAACAGCAACUAAUGUGUUACAUGAAACAACUUUACAACCAAAGGUUGAUAUUAGGACUACACCACCAGUGGAGAAGGACAAUGGAAUAAGGCACAAUAGUGUCAACAUCUCAGAGGGGGAAACAAAUUCUCCAGAAUCUGAAUCACAUCUGUUAAAAAUUAAUGAGGAUCCUAGAAAAUGUCUUGUGAAUUAUUUAUCGACCCCCGGUACGAUGAGGGUAUCCUUUCAGAAUGGGGCAGGAUCUCCAGCUCGUAUGCACCGUCCAAAAACAGCAGCAUCAACCUUGUCAGUGUCGCCUCGCUCAGAGUGUGACCGAGUGUUCCAGGUGGAACGUGAGCCAACACGCAGACACAAUCUCGAGUCACACAUACCCCACAAACGCUCCGCCAAGGCACCGCCAUGGAUGAAAAAUGUAGAGCCUCCUAUGGUGCCCUGUGUUGUUGCCCCGGGAUAUCUCCUGUCUCGUAGUAAAAGCAAAUUUGCAGUCACAAUCAAAGAUGAAUUUUUUGACCCAGUCAUAGACGAAUCACAGAAGAAACAAGCAAACAAUGAAAGGGAGUCCCUUGUUGGCCAACUACAGCAGCAGAUAUCAGAUCUUAGCUUAUACCUAGAGGAGGAGAGAUUAAACCAUCGACAGACAAAGCAGAAGGCAGAAGAUUUUCUAAAAGACAAGGUGGAAGAAAUGACUAAUCACCAUAAGGAUAACAUUAGGGAACUACAGGAGGACCAACAAGAAGAAAUGGAAAAACUUACGAACACAUUGAGUGUGGAACACAAUCAGUAUAAGAUUACAACAGAGGCUCAGAUCACCAAGAUGAAGAAAGAGAUUGAGUUCCUUCAGGGAGCAUUUGAAUCGUACAAGAGCUCACUUCAUGAUGAGAUGAAUGAGAAGUGGAAUAAACGGGAACAGGACCUUAAUGUGGAAUUAGAGGAACAGAAACUCAACUCCCUCCACGAAUUCAAAGCAAAGAUGAUGCAGGAAAAAAAUUCUGAGAGGAUAUCAUCGGGGAAGGAGCAUGCCCGAAAUUUGGACAGUCUACGCAAGGAGCACAAGAAAGAGUUAGACGCAGUCAUCAGGCGGUUUUCUAAUGUGGCUGCAGACUUGGAGCGACUAAAGAAAACUACAGCAGAACUCAAGGAGAUCAAAUCCGAGAUGGAACAAGUUAAAACAGCCUAUGAUUCUACGUGUCAACAAAUGGCAAACACUACUCGGGAACUUGCUGAUGCUAGAGUCAAGCUGAUGUCCUAUGAGGAACAGUUUGAAGACAAAGUAUCCAGUGUUGAUGAGAAGUACAAGAAGAAAAUCCAUGACCUAAUGAGACAAAACAUUGAAUUACGACGAUUGUAUGUAGAAAAGUGUGAAGAAUUGUACAAUGAGAAAGUACACAGUGAAGCAACACGAGUGAAAAGAGUCUCAUCGGCAAAGGAAGUGAUGCAUUCGAUGAUAAAAUCAAAGCACAAAGCAAACGUGAGUUUAAGUCCUGCUGUUCAACCUUCGUCGGAAACUCAACCAAACCAGUCCAAGCCGGAUCGUCCUGGCAGUGCCCCAAUCACACGAGUAGAGACAGACAGUGCUCAACAAUUCGCUGGCAAGUUUGAGGACAUUUUGAGGCUGGAGGCAGAAGAGGAUGCAAUCCUCAGUCCCUCUGUGAUUUUACCAGAGGACAGUGAAGAAGUGGUAAGAAUGAGGAAGGAGUUAAUGAAAGACAUAAUGGAAAAAGCAAAAGAAGUUAAAGAGGAAGAGGAUAACGCAGACAAGGAGCAGGAGGAAGAAGAUGAAAAGGAGAAUGAUGAUGGAGAUGAUGACUUUUAAAUUAACAAGCCAUUGUGACAAUGAUUUGGAGUUUAUUAAUAAUGAAAACAAACAAAAUAAAUAUUUAUUUAAAAAUAUCAGUUAAACAUGUUUUGUAGAAGAAGCUUGUUGCAGAGAACUCUUGCUUAUAAUGAAUUCCUGAUUCCCUGUGGAAGGAAUCAUAACCUACAUCAUACUCUAUAGAAAUUGUGACUUCUACAAACUAAUUAAUGCCUUAGCUUCCCUAUUCAGGGUUCAGCACAGUUAUGUAAUCAUGUUCUACUGUACAAACUACAAAAGCCAUAUUAGGUUUGAUCAGAACAAGUAGUUUGUUACCACUUAGUAACAAUAAUAAAAGACAUGCAUUAAUGCAGAUUUCAAAAUCUGUUGAAAAGUUUGUUUAGAUACCUGAAGAAAAUACCUAUGAUACAAUAUAUUAUGGGCACAAUUUGGACACUUAAAGCAUGAAAUGUUUGGGUGUUUUUUUGUAAAACUUUUACCCUUUUAUCACUAUGUAACUUAAGUAAACUCAUCAAUGCUUUGAACUGGAUGAUUCCAUUAUAGUCUACAGUGGUGAAAGGGUUUGUGUUGAUUUUUAUCAUACUUUAGUGUGUAGAACUACCUCAAAUGACCGAUGUAUCCCCUAAUUUUUUACCGUAUGUUAAAUUUCAGUUUAUAAUAUUGUUUUCUGUAUACAUGACAAGUGACGAAGUGCAGAUUAUUUUUUUCCUUUAAAAGUAAUCAAUCGUCCACCGACAAAAUAUAAUCUUGAUAUAUCAUUUGCAUGGUAACUGUCAUAAAUUAUUAAGAGUUCCACAUGCCAAAAUUUAUUUAACGAGAAACAAGAUGUGUAAAAAUAUGUAAGUGAUGUAAAUAAUUCAAAAAAUAAUAUAUUUAUAUUUGUAGGUAUUUGAUUAUUAUAUUAUAAAAUCUGUUUGAAGAAUUUCAUAUAUAGAGUCUGCAAAUAAAUUUCAAAAAUCCAAAUGUCAUGAACAUACUUCAAUUUGAAGUAUUAUAUUCACUGUGUUUCGAUGAAUAUGGUCAAACACAUACCAAAUACCUAUAUAUAUAUAUAUAUAACCAUAUAUACUGUUGGCUGUAGUUAAAGUCAAAAGGAUUUCACUUUUUAAUCACUCAAUGAUCAAUGGCUGACAGCAAUUUUUAAUUUUUAAUAUUCAAUUAUGAAUUUGGCUAAAAGAUCAGUGUUGAAGAUGAUUUGUUGUUAAAAGAGUAUUUCCCCUAAGAUGUGUGUAAAUAUAGACUAUGAGGGAAGUCUUAUUGAUCAAGUAAAAAGUUUCUACUUCUAUGCCAGAGGGUAAAGUUUGCUAUUCUUAUUUAAUUUUCUGAAACAUAGAUGUGAAGUUAACAAAUGUAAUCAUGUUUCAAUGUUUUAUGUUUUAUUUCGACAUACAAAAAUAUGAAUCUCAUUAAAGUUGAUAUCAUUAUGAUGCAGAUCAUGCCAGUAGUUAUUUGUCGCAGAAAUCUGCUCUCUUGAAUGAUUAUGUGGAGCUAUAAAACUUCUUAGGAGCGGCAGUGGUUAAGGCGUCUGUCUAUUUGCUACCACUAGUCCUCCACCACUGGGUCGCGGGUUCGAGACUUGGUUUGUAUUGCUUAACGUCCUGUCAACAGCUAUGGUCAUUUAAGGACGGCCUCCCCUGUGUGCAACAUGCAUGCGUGUAGUGUAUGCGUGUGUGUUUUGGGAGGCUGCAAUAUGUUCGUGUUUGUCUCCUUGAGAUAGCGGGGAACUGAUGCCAAAUGUUAUAGUGCUACCUCACUGAAACAUAUACUGCCAAAGGCAACCAACAGGACACCCCACCUGGUCACAUUAUAUUGACAACGUGCGAGCCAGUCGUCCCAAUCCUAAAUUGCUGAGCGUUAAGCAGUAGUAGAAACUACCAUUUUUACCGACUCUGGUUUGUCUCGACCAGGGGACAGAAUCCAAAGCCUUCCUCACAGGGGCGUACGCUCAACUAAAGGCCAAAAGUGAGGCAUUGUCAAGGGAGACAUUAGGAAAA